AUGUUACAUCUUCCCCUGAAAAUUCUCACACAGGCGCACAAAAAACCCUCUCUCCCCGACAAAAGACGCGUCGCCCGACUUUCCCGCGCCUUUCCGGCGAUUUCACGCCGUGCAACGGUAGCCUCCGCCGUCCCCUCUGUAUCUCCCGUUCGAUUGGGCGGGAGUAAGCGCGUUUGCACGUGCUCUGAUGAUGGGAUUUUGCUUAAUUUUGUUCAGAUCAGGCCGCUGUACUGUGUUUUAGCUGUGUUUUGUGCAAAUGGGUUGCUGUUACACCGACUGUUAUUUGCUAGUACGCUUACAGUUACUUUGGUUUCAGUUUUACAUGCGUUGCUCGUGGGGAGCUUAUGA